UACAAGAGAGCUGCCUAAACAAGGUCUGAAUGCCGCCCAAUCAGACGAAUGCCCGGGUCAACAGCCAUGAAUGACGUCGAAUCCCGCUCGCCACUGCGCGGGCGAACUUUUUGUGUAGACAUCGGCGACCGUCGGGCCGCAAUCACAAGAUCUACAGCACAAUUAUUAAUCACAAAAGGCUUGAGCUUCUUCAUAACAGCAGGUCUGCCUUCGAGGCCUUGACACCAGUAUCAUCAUGUCGCGCCCCGACACUUCAGUAGAGACGACAAAUUCGGGUCGCACGUCGUCUUCAGAUUUGACGGCGAAUGACCGGAGUGACAAUGCUGCUGGCAGAUGGGGAGAACACACAAGUGCAGUGAACACUGCAGAGGCAGACCAAGCUUUCCAUGACCUGCGGCAGACCGUUACUAAACAUUCUAUGGCCUCGAAUGGCAAAGACGAAGAACAAGGCUUCAACUUGGAGCGGUUCUUGCGCGACGGCCAGCUAAAGGAGGAAGAGAUUGGGCGGCCGCCAAAGCGUCUUGGUGUCGUAUUUCGUCACUUGACUGUGCACGGCGUGGAUCCAGGCAACUCGAGCGUCAAGACCUUUCCGAAGGCAGUCUGGCGUACAGUCUCUGGGCAAGAACUGCUAGCUUUUGCCAAUUUCAUUUCUGGCGGUAAGAUUCUCAAAGCACCAACGCGUCCCAUUUUGCGAGACUUCGACGGCUUUGUCAAGAAUGGCGAGAUGCUGCUAGUCUUGGGCCGACCGGGAGCUGGUUGCUCCACCAUGCUGCGUGCUGUUGCCAACCAGCGCGGCGGUUUCGCGCAAGUGGACGGUGAUGUCCAUUAUGGGUCCAUCUCAGCAGAGGAAAUGGCAGCUCAAUACCGCGGCGAGGUGAACUAUCUCGAGGCGGACGACGUGCAUGAGCCGGCUCUGACUGUCGAACAAACGCUCAGAUUUGCACUUGAAAACAAGACUCAGCAACGCUUCAAGGAUGAGGUGGACGUCUAUCUGACGGCCUUCCUUCGCAUGUUUGGCAUCGAACACACACGUCACACACAAGUCGGCGGCCCAUACCACCGAGGCGUCAGUGGAGGUGAGCGCAAGCGAGUCAGUAUUGCUGAGGUGCUUGCGACAAAGUCAUCCGUUGUCUGCUGGGACAAUAGUACGCGCGGCCUGGACGCCAGCACAGCUUUGGACUAUGGCAAGAGUCUACGUAUCCUUACAGAUGUUUCUCAAAAGACGACCAUUACGACGCUUUACCAAGCUGGUCAGUCUCUGUACGACUUGUUUGACAAAGUUUGUGUUGUACACCAGAGUCGCAUGAUUUACUUCGGACCUAUCGGCGAAGCAGAAGCAUACUUUGAGGGGCUUGGCUUCGCUAAAGCGCCACGGCAAACAACACCAGACUUCCUGACUGCCAUCACCGAUCCUAUUGAGCGUUCUUUUCAGCCUGGCAAAGAAGCCUCCACACCCAAAUCCUCCGAGGACCUCGAGAGAGCCUUCCGCAAUUCUAGCAACUAUGCUCGUUUGCUGCAGGAACUGGAUCAAUAUCAACUUGACAUGAAGCAAAAUGAGCACAUCGAGGCGCAACAGUUCCGCGAAGCCAAUAAGCUUGCCAAGUCAAAGUAUGCGCGCAAUAAGUCGCAAUAUACAGUCUCAUUUCCUCGGCAAGUCAUCAAUUGCUCGCGACGCAACAUGAUGCUCAUUAUGGGCGACAAGACUGCCUUGGGUUCAAAGUUCUUUUCCUCCUGGGCAAAUGCGCUCAUUAUAGGCUCGCUCUUCUAUGGUCUCGACAACGACUCGAAUGGUGCCUUCAGCCGCGGUGGCCUGCUCUUUAUCUCAAUUUUAUUUAAUGGUUGGCUGGCGCUCGCAGAGCUUGGCCCUGCUGUCGGUGGUCGUGCCAUCAUUGCUCGGCACAAGGAAUUCGGUUUCUACAGACCCUCGGCGGUGUCGCUGGCUCGCGUGGUUUCCGAUUUACCCCUACUGUUGAUUCAGAUCAUUCCAUUCACGCUCAUCAUGUACUUUCUCGGAUCACUUCAGCGGACGGCGAGCCAGUACUUCAUCUUCCUGCUCUUUGUCUACACCUCGACGCUUAAUCUUCUGGCCUUGUACAGGCUGUUUGCUGCGCUGAGUCCCACCUUUGACAAUGCGAUUCGCUAUGCAGGUCUCAUUCUCAACGCAAUGGCCAUCUAUGCAGGCUACGUCAUCAACAAGACGCAGAUGCUUACGUCGGCUAGCAAAGGCGGUGUCCCAUGGUUUGGAUGGCUUUACUACGCAAGUCCAGUGUCCUAUGCAUUUGAGGCGGUCAUGGUAAACGAAUUCAGCAAUAUGAACAUUGCUUGUUCGUCAGGCAGUAUCGUUCCUGAGGGCCCAUCAUACACCAAUGUGGCCUAUCAAACUUGUACUCUGGUGGGUUCUGUUCCCGGCAGCUUGACUGUCCGUGGUGCAGAUUACCUCCAACAGUCUUUUGCGUAUACUCGCUCGAACCUCUGGCGUGACUUUGGCAUCUUAUUGCUGUUCACGGUUGCCUACAUCAUACUGGGCGCCAUAUUCUCCGAGCUCUUCCUCUUCGCUUCGACUGGCGCAUCUCUCUUGCAAUUCAAGAAUGCUAAACAGGCGAAGCGGGCCGAACAAAUCAAUAGAGCAAUCGAAGAAGAGAAGGAGGAAGCAACCGAUCUGGUCAAGUCCAAGUCUGUCUUUACCUUCCGUGAUCUGUGCUACUCUGUCGAUGCUGAAGGCUCAAGAAAGCAGCUCCUGGACAAUGUCCAGGGCUGGGUCGAGCCUGGAACUUGCGUUGCCCUCGUUGGCUCCAGUGGUGCCGGCAAGACAACGCUGCUCAACACCCUCGCUCAGCGCAACAACUCGAUUGGCUAUAUUUCUGGGGAAAUGCUUGUUGACGGUCAUGCUCUCGGUCCUGGCUUUGCUCGAGGCACCGGAUUCGUCGAGCAGCAAGAUUUGCACGAUGAGACAGCAACCAUACGUGAAGCAUUCGAGUUCAGCGCUCUCUUGCGCCAGUCUGCAAGCACGCCGAAGUCUGAAAAGCUAGACUACGUGAACAAGGUACUGGCAUUGCUCGAGCUGGAGCAUUUGCAGGAUGUGGUCAUCAUGUCCUUGGACGUCGAGGCAAAGAAGAGGCUCACAAUCGGUGUCGAGCUGUGUGCUCGACCAAAUCUGCUUCUUUUCUUGGACGAGCCAACAUCCGGCCUCGAUUCUCAGAGUGCCUUCAACAUUGUACGAUUUCUGCGAAGACUUGCAGCUGCUGGACAAGCUAUCAUUUGCACCAUUCAUCAGCCAUCGUCAGAACUUUUGCUUCAGUUUGAUCGCAUUCUUGCAUUGAACCCUGGAGGCAAAACCUUUUACUUUGGCGACGUCGGCAAGAAUGGCUCUGGCAUUACCGAGUACUUUGGCAAGCGCGGUGCAAUUUGCCCGCCCGAUGCCAAUCCUGCAGAGUUCUUGCUCGAAGUGGGAACUGGUCGCGGCCUGGGUCAAGUCGAUGGUCACAAUGUAGACUGGGCAGGAGUAUGGAGUGAUUCUGAGGAACGCAAAGCAGCAACACAGGAGAUUCGCCGCCUCGAGGCAGAGCGCAGUCAGCACGCCGAUGAGCCAUCUGAAGCUGCAACUGAAUUCGCUGCAUCUACUUGGGAGCAGACAAAGCUGCUCACCAAACGCACUUGGCUCAACUACUGGCGCGAUGCUUCUUACGGAUACUCUAAGGCAUACGCCUUCUUGCUCAACGGUCUGUUGAAUGGCUUCACCUUUUGGAUGGUCGGCAACCGGUACUCGAUCUUGGCUAUGCAGGAGCGCAUGUUUAGCGUAUUUCUGCUCAUUCUCAUGCCCGCAACGCUCAUCAACGCCGUCAUUCCAAAGUUCUUCUCCGCUCGAGUGUUGUUCGAAGCGCGCGAGUCACCCUCCAGGAUCUACUCUUGGUUCGCCUUUGCCACUGCUCAGAUGCUGUGCGAGAUACCUUGGGCCAUUGGUGUGACGAUCCUCUAUUGGGUCGUUUGGUAUUGGCCUGCUGGUCUUCCAGUCGAUGCGUCUAUCUCUGGAUACAUCUUCUUGAUGGCACUGCUGUUCAACCUGUACAGUGCAAGCUGGGGUCAGUGGAUUGCAAGUCUAUCGGACAGCUACACGGUCAUCGCCAAUAUCAUCCCACUCUUCUUGGUUGUGGUUCAGCUCUUCACGGGUAUCAUUCGCCCCUAUGCAAGCAUGCCCGUCUUUUGGAAGUACUUCAUCUACUAUGUGAGUCCAGUUCAAUGGUUGACGAAUGGAAUGCUUGCAACAAUUUUGCACAACGUGCCUGUGUCAUGCUCGCAGACUGAGUUGGCCUUCUUUUCGCCACCACCCGGUCAGACUUGCUCAGAGUAUGCAUCGGAGUACUUGACGACAGCCAUUGGCUACUUAGACAACCCAGACGCCACUUCGCAAUGUGGCUACUGCCAGUUUUCUUCUGGCGACGAUUAUUUGCGAUCGCUCAACAUUUCCUACGACUUCCGUUGGCAGUCCUUUGGAAUCUUCCUUGCGUUUGUCUUGACAAAUUAUCUACUAAUCUAUGGAUUGGUGUUUUUGCGAUUCAAGGGCUACCGCUUGACGUUUGGUGUUGGACAUUUGAUGAGAUUAUUUAGACGAUAGAUAGACUGUAUAUACGGUA